CCGGCAACAGUUUCGUGAGUUAGCUUAACAGGCAAGUUAGCUAAAUAGCUGCUAAUACAGCCCGUUAAUGAUAGUGCUUUUCGAAUAGUGAAUGCGAAUAGUUUAACGUCUGGCUCACAUAUUAACAACAAAACGUAAUCUUAUAAGAGACCUUCUCAAGUCGUAUGUAUUAGCCACCUGCUAGCAAGCGUUGGCUAACGGGAUUCAGGCUCACGUUACACUAUGGCAAGUGCAGCAAAUGCAAACCUCAACGCAGUCCGGGAGACCAUGGACGUGCUGCUUGAGAUCUCCAGGUUGCUGAACACGGGUUUGGACAUGGAGUCUCUGUCGAUAUGUGUGAGACUGUGUGAGCAAGGCAUCAACCCAGAAGCUUUGUCUGCAGUCAUCAAAGAACUGCGUAAAUCUUCUGAAACCCUCAAGGCUCCUGAAAACUGCACGACCUGAAGUUGCAGCUCGCCUCAGUUUGAGCUUGAAUGGGAACACGCCCCGUCCCUGGAUCUGUAACUACGAUGGGCUCUCCAGCCAAUCACAUCUGCCAGUGUGUUGGCAUCGUGUCCGCUGCGCCUUCGUGGUGACUAACUGUUCCUGUUCUGUGCUUUGACUUGUCCUGAGUUUUGUGUGGUGGAGGUGUCAACGCCAGUCCUCUUCCUCGACACAAAUCUUCUCCUCCGACAUGAGGGCAUGCUCAGCCAUUCUGCCUCAGAUUUACCUGCAAGUUUCUCCUCCGGUCAUUUGUAUCGUGGAAGGUCAGAGUGGUUUUAGCAUUGACAUUCUGCCUUAAUUUUAAGAGCAUACCUACAAUGUCUGAUAUUUAGCUUGUGUUGCACUUUCCAUGAGAAUUUUUGUUAUGAUGUCUUGAAAUAUCAUUUGCUAUGAAUUGUUUAAUUUUAUUCUGUGUAAACAUAAUGCAUUGCUUAUACUUAAUCCUUUUGAUAUUUCCAUUGUCUGCUUAAGCAUCAAUGACGGCUCAAAGUCCAAAUUAAAAUGUUUCAGUCAACAACCACAA